GUUAACCAUUUUUUUCUCAAAAGUCUGUGAAGAACUCGGGAGAAAACUUUGACAGAUCUCCAGAUAUAAUGGUGAAGGCAUGCGAACAAGUACACUGAAGAAACCAAUCGUUCUUCUCACGAUCGCACUAUUGACCACUGUCUUCUUCCUCCUCGUAACCUUCUCCCAAAACAAACAUUACUCAUCAUCUCCCUCUGCUAUCUCUUCUUCGCGGAACUCAGACCCCAUGGCUCGAACCUUCAUCUUGUGGCUUCACGGGCUUGGAGAUUCCGGACCAGCGAACGAACCCAUCAAGACGAUUUUCAAGUCCCCGGAGUUUAGGAACACUAAGUGGCUCUUCCCUUCUGCUCCAUCAAAUCCAGUCUCCUGCAAUUAUGGUAUGGUGAUGCCUUCUUGGUUUGACAUCCGUGAGCUUCCUCUUACCGCGGGCUCUCCGAAUGAUGAAAGCAGCGUGCUUAGAGCAGUUAAGGACGUUCAUGCCAUUAUAGAUAAGGAGAUUGCAGGAGGGAUAAAUCCUGAAAAUGUGUAUAUCUGUGGAUUCAGCCAAGGAGGGGCAUUAACCUUGGCCAGUGUUCUUCUUUACCCAAAAGCUCUUGGAGGAGGUGCAGUCUUUAGCGGAUGGGUUCCAUUCAAUUCUUCAACCAUUAAUCAGUUUACCGAAGAUGCUAAAAAGACACCAAUCUUGUGGUCUCAUGGCAUUGAUGACAAGACUGUACUAUUUGAAGCUGGUCAAGCAGCUCUUCCUUUUCUUCAAGAAGCUGGUGUGGCUUGUGAAUUCAAGGCUUAUCCGGAUCUCGGGCACUCGAUCAGUAAUAAGGAGCUUCAAUACUUAGAGUCAUGGAUCAAACAACGGAUGCAGAGUUCUUCAUCUUCUUCUUCUUUUCCUUAAAUGCUUUAAUAACCAACAUUGCGCUCAUUGUAACAUUUUUUUCCUAUCAACAUCAAAAGAACAACACGGAUAACUUCAGAUCAUUCAUCGCCUGGUUGUGAAAACCGGUCUCGGUUAAAACGGUCUAGUUUGCUUAUAGAAUGUUUAAAAUACAAUACAGUACAUACAUUUUGUGAUUUGUAUGAUUUUGAAUAACAUCAUGCCAACACUGGAA